AUGAGCGUCUUCCGGGGCACGCUAGUCGACACGCCGAGCCCAGGCGAGCUGCGUAUCCGCCGGGACCAUGUCAUAUCGGUCGACACCCAUGGCGUCAUCACCCACCUGUCGCCGGCCUCGUCCACGCCAUCCGACCUCGUCGCGCAGGCCAUUCCGCUGACCGAACGCGGUUUCCUCCUGCCCACAUUUGCCGACUUGCACCUCCAUGCCCCGCAGUACCUCAACGCCGGUAUCGGGCUCGACCUGCCCCUCAUGGAGUGGCUCGACGAGUACACGUACGUCGCGGAGGAGCGCGUCGACGCAGACCCCGAGCUGGCGCGCAGACUGUACGCGCGGCUUGUGGAGAGGUUGAUUGAGGCGGGAACGGGGUGUGUGGUUGCGUUUGGCACCAUUGGGGUGCAGGCCAACCUGAUCCUCGCCCAAGCGUUCCAGGACGCCGGCGUGCGCGGCUUCAUCGGCAAGCUGUCCAUGGACCAGUGCCCACGCCCGACCUAUGGCGAACCAUCCACCGCUGCGUCCCUUGCGUCGGUCACCGAGUUUCUGGACCGCAUGGACAGCCUGACUGGCCCACUGCCGCCCCACCAACGCGUCGUCGCACCCAUCCUCACACCCCGCUUUGUCCCCACGUGCUCUGACGAGCUGCUUCGCGGCCUCGCAGCGCUGGCCAAGGCGCGCGGCGUCAAGGUGCAGUCGCACAUGUGCGAGAGCAGGGACCAGAUGGCGUGGGUGGAGGGCACACGCGGCAAGGCCGACGAGGUGGUGUUUGACGAGGCCGGCCUCCUCACCGAGGACACGGUGCAAGCGCACGUCACGUCCUUUCCGCCCGCGCUUGUCGAGCUCGUCAAGACCCGCGGCGUCACCGUCGCCCACUGCCCGCUCUCCAACGCGUACUUUUCCGACGCCGCCUUCCCUCUCCGCGAGGCGAUCGACGCCGGCGUCAAGGUCGGCCUCGGGUCGGACAUUGCAGGCGGAUACGCGCUCCCGAUCCAGACGGCGAUGCGACAGGCCGUCGUCGUCGGGCGCAUGCGCGAAGGCGCGCGCCGCGAGGCGGGCGGUGAGCAGCCGCAUGACGGCCGGGGGCUCAAGGUCGACUGGGUCGAGUCGCUCUACCUCGCCACCCGCGGCGGACACGCCGCCCUCGGUCUGGGCGGUGCGUUCGAGGUGGGCCUGCCCUUUGACGCACAGGAGAUCACCCUGGUACGCGGUACGCGCGCUGUGGGCCAGCUGGACAUCUUCGACCUCGCCGACACGGACAAGUGGUGGACCGAGGCCGUCGAGCGGUGGUGGUGUAAUGGAGACCACCAGAACCGUACGGGCAUGUGGGUGCAGGGUAAGCGGCUGCUCAAACAGUCGGCAUGA